GCUUGGCAAUGUAUAAUAACAGGUGCAGCAUGAGGCAGGACAAGGCCUGACUGGGAUCAGGGCAUGCGAUGCAAAGGAGGGAAGGAGCCAGAAAGAUUCAUAGGGCAGGAGGAGCCGGACUUGGGGAUCCAAGGGCUUUGUGGGGUAAGGAGCAGAGAAAGGGCACGGAGAGUGCCCAGGGGUGGGACAGUGAGGUCAUCCCUGGUUUGGUGGAAGACGCUGAGUCAGGUGGGAGGUGGUUGAGUGCCUGGGGUCUGGGAGACGGCCACGAGCAGGCCAGGUUAAGGCUUGGGAGAGAGACCUGAACUGGAGUUUGGGGUCCUAUCAGAGCAUUGUGGCCACUGGAGCUGUGGAAGCUCACCUGGUAGAAGGUGCAGGAAGGAGCCCCCAGGAAGACGGGCAUUGGGAAGCGGAGGGAUCAGGAGGAGCAGGAGCCUGUGUGGGGGCCUGGGAGGCAUAGUCAGAGCUGGGGACCAGGAGUGCUUAUGGGGUAAAAGACAGAGGCGUUUCUAGAAGGACAUGGCCUACCACUUCAUGGCCCUCAGGCUCCCCCCCAGACCUGCCAUCUGACUCUAAGCCCUGUCACUUUGCUGCCUGUGUGUGUGUGUGUGUGUGUGUGUGUGUGUGUGUGUGUGUGUGUAUGAGUGAGUGGGUGGCUGUCUCUUUAAAUGGCAGCCAGGAGCGGGGUUCUGUAACUCGUUGCAUCAUAGAUGCCCAGUCUCCCUUCCCCCACCCCUCUGGGUUCUGUGUCUAAGAAGCUCUGGGAGCUGGAUGUGAGUCUCUUAGGUGGGUGUGUGUGUGUGGCAGGGCACUGGACAGGCCAAAGGGGCAUUCCACUGGGGGAUGGAGGUCUCUGGAAGACAGGGAGAUUCCUAAGCAGUGACUCAUGGGAGGGACGGUCUCCAAGUCUCCAGUCAGGGGUGCUGGGGGAGGGGCCCGCAGCAUGAGAGCAACUGAGGGGAGGCAUCUUCAGGUCCCCAGAAGCAGGGGCCCCAGGCAGGGCUGGGACAUGGAGAGAUUUGUGGGAGGGGGUCUCAGGUACUUGAAGGAACUGGGAUAUGGGCCUGGGGAUGGAAGGGAUGUUGGCCAAUACCGCGUGUGUGGACCCCCGCAGCAGCCUCCCUGGCAUGGGGGUGAAGAGGAGCCUUCAGAGCGGGGGCACCCUGCUGGGCUUCUUGGCCAAUAUUCUCAUGAUUCUCUCCACUGCCACCAACUAUUGGAUCCGCUUCCCCCGGGGCCACAGUGGCCUGUGGCAGGAGUGUAAAGGCAGGAUCUGCUCUAACAUCCCCUGCCAGACCAUGCUGGCGGUGACAGGGGCGUGCAUGGUGCUGGCGACGGGCUCCGGCAUCGUGGGCUCGGUGAUGGGGCUGCGGAUUCUCUGCCACGAGGGGGACUCGCGGGGCCAGACCACAAGCGCUAUCUUCUUCCUCUGCGGCCUGCUGCUGCUGAUCGCCUUGACAGGCUACACGGUGAAGAAUGCAUGGAAAAACGACGUCUUCUUCUCCUGGUCCUAUUUUUCGGGGUGGCUGGCUUUACCCUUCGCAUUUCUCGCGGGUAACUUGGACAGCGGGAAGAGGGUGAAGGAGACCGUCCAGGGGACACCCCCUCCACGCAGAGACUCCCUAGCCGCCCUCCCAGGAAACCCCACUUUGACCUCUCAAGGACUCCCCAACACACUCCACUCCCGACUCCUGCAGACCCGGCAGAGACGCUCUGGAGCUCCAAACCCCAGGCUCCGGGGCCCUCCCGGCCAUUCUCCCCACGACCCACCGUCCUCUACCCGUCUUCCGUUCCCCUCCCGUUAGGCUUCUGCUUUCUGCUGGCGGACAUGAUCUUGCAGAGCACAGAUGCUAUUAGUGGGUUCCCCGUGUGCUUGUGACCGCAGCCUGCCUGGGGCAGAAUAAAGAAACGGCUUCCACCGCCGCGGCUCCGCCUGCCUUUCUGGGGGACGUGAGGACGUGGAUCCAGGCGGCAUGAACAGAUAUGGGAACACAAACAGGAAGGGCACGGGGGACUCAGACACGGGGGUACAUGGAGUCUCAGGGAGGACAGAAGGACAUGCACCUAUAGGGAACAUGGAGACCUGGAGGACAUGGGCAUAAAGACAGGAACAUGGAGUGGGCCAGGGACAUGGAUGUGAAGGGCAACGGGGACACGGGGGAGUAGGGUCAGGAGGGGACGGGCGCAUGGAGAGGAUGGAGGGACAUGGACACGGAGAAAAUGAGACAGACACAGGAGGACUCAGAGGCGUGGGAGCACUGGCACUGGGUGGGCGUGGGGACGCCGGCACUGAGACUUGAUAAGGCGAGGAAGAGGCAAGGAACUGGGGGAAGGGGUAGAUCCGAGGACGUUGGGCAAGGUUUAGGACGAUUAAGAGGAGUUGCACUCGGAGAAGCGCCUCGCUCCCUGGAACGACCCUUCCCCUACUUCCCGGCCACGCCCCCUUCCCGCAGCCCGUGUCCAUUCCUCUCCAGGCUCCGCCUCUCUCCCGAGAUCGGCCUCCCAUUGGUCACCAUAUGUUCACUCCGGCCUUCCGAUUGGUCCUCUGUCGGGGCGGAGGCGGCCACCGCAACGGUUGACUGGCUGGAGGUGCAGGACGCAUGCGGAGAAAAGGACGGAGGCGGGUCUUCGGGACCCGGAGGCUGAAGUUGCGGCCUGACCCCGCAGGUGGCUGAGGCAGGAAGAUGGCGGAGCUGCGUGCGCUCGUUGCUGUCAAGAGGGUCAUAGACUUCGCCGUGAAGGUGACCGGGCCCCCUCUCCCUCAUCCCUGUGCCCCGCGGCCGUGUGCUUCUGGGAUCACGAGUGCGCACUGUAUGGGGGGGUCCUCUUGUAACCUCUGAUCUCUGCUGCUCUUCCCCCAAACGUCAAAGUCACAUCUGAGGGCAAAGAUCAAGGACUGUGAGGUUCUGACACCCGAUCGCUCCUCACUCAAACCUGGUACGUCUAGGGUUAUGACUUCGUGCCCUUCCCCCAGCUCUGGACUCACUGUCUUAAUAAUUGCUUGCAGGACGAGUUACCUUCUGUAUUUCUUACUUUCUGGAGGAGUCAUGGUCCCUGUUUAACACACAGAGAAACUGAGGCACAGAGAGGUCACUCAGCUGGGAAGGGGCAGAGCCGAGAUUCCGUCUAACUCCUCACCCCAGCGAGAGCUUUGCACACAAGCCACGCUUUCACCAACUAGGCUGCAUUGCAAACUCCGUCGACUAUUACAGUACAGGAAACCUGCUCUAGCCCUGGUCCCUGGCCUCAGGUGUCUGGGGUGACAGGGCGCUGAGAGAAUCCAGAAGCUGUCUUUCACCCUACAUAGUUACAGGGUGAGUGAGGAGGCCCCAGCUAGACAGGGAGGGACAAGUGUU